UUUCCGGAAUCUAGAACUCCGAUGUUCCCGGCUGCAACCUCAAGCACCUGGGCUGCCAACUACCUCGCCUCUGAAGCCUGGUUUCCUUUCUUCCCACCCCUGCAUGUGAAAGUCGCCUACGGGUUAAUAAUUUAAAGGUGCCACGCAGGUUAUUCUGUCUCUCCCCGCCACAAGGAGAGUUAGAGCGGAUCUGUUUAUGUAGGUCUGCUUGGGGGCAGUCACACGGAUCAAAUGGCCCAAGUGCUUUACUACGGCCUCCUAGAUUUCCCGGCUCCACUCACCGCCGCCUAAGUUUUGCGGGAGAGGGGACGAAAGGGGAUUGAAGGGAGAGAGAAAGAAGAGCAGGAAAAGAACAGGUGGACAGUCUCCCGGAGCGGAGGUCUCUGCCCUGCUCCUCUCGGGGCAAACUCAGCCCCCGCGUGGCAGGACGAUGGGUAAGCUGGGAAAAAGUGAAUGAAGCAGGAGGAGGAGGAAGAGGAGGCGGAGGGCGGCGGCGGCGUUGGCGUUGACUUUGGCGUUGGCGUUGGCUUUGGCGGCGGCUACAGCCCGAAGAGGAGGAGAAGGAGGAGGAGGGAGCGCGCCUGACUGCCGGGGCCGCAGCGGGCGGGCUGCAAGUCGGGGUCUGGGCGCUCGGCGGCUGCCGCAGCAGCAAACGGAGCAGCGCCUCCCCCUCCCAGCGAACCCAUGGACAGCCUGCCGGCCUCCGGGGCCAAACCCCCGAGCGGGAGGAAGAUGAAAGCUCGGGCUCCUCCUCCUCCUGGAAAGCCAUCUACAACUCCAAACAUCCACAGUGAUCAGAAACCAAACAGGGACUUGGGAAUCAUCCCACAGCAGAACCUCGUCAACAUGAAAGAAAACCUGAGGAGCAGCAUGGUGGAUGUCACUGUGGUUUUACCCAAUGGAUUGGAAAUUAAAAGUGCUAUAAAUGGGAGUAAUGCCAUGAUGGACCUGCUGGUCGAGCUGUGCCUCCAGAAUCACUUAAAUCCAGCCCACUAUACCCUGGAGCUCAGGUCUUUGGAGACCCAACAACCUUUGAGUUUUAAGCCAAAUACUUUGAUAGGGACCCUUGAUGUACACACAAUAUUCUUGAAGGAAAAAGUCCCUGAAGACAAGAGCAAAUCAGUUCUCCAGAAGGUACCUGAGAAGUCUGUGCGACUAGUAGUGAACUACUUGCGAACACAGAAGACCAUAGUCCGGGUGAGCCCCGAUGUCCCACUGCAAAACAUUCUCCCAGUUAUUUGUGCAAAAUGUGAAGUCAGCCCUGAGCACGUCAUUCUCUUAAGGGACAAUAUUGCCGGGGAGGAGCUGGAACUUUCAAAGUCCCUGAAUGAGUUGGGGAUAAAGGAACUCUAUGCAUGGGACAAUAAAAGAGAAACCUAUAGGAAAUCUCUGAGCAGUGAUGUCAUGGACAAAGAGAAGAAGAAAUUUCUGGGGUUUUUCAAAGUCAGUAAAAGAAGCAAUAAGGCUGAUGGGAUGCUAAGAGUGGAGAGUGAUGAGGAUAUUUUAAAGUCAACCACUGAAAAGAACUUUAAUGGCUGCUUGACAACUCCCAACUCCCCAUCUGUGAAUUCCCGUUCCCUUACCUUGGGUCCAUCCCUCUCCCUCAGCAACAUCUCAGGAGUGUCAUCAGUAAAGUCAGACAUGAAGAAGCGUAGGGCACCUCCUCCACCGUCAGCAACACCCUCAGCAACGCCAUCAGUAACUCCGUCAUUGCCAAGCACUGAGGCAUUUGGUCAAGACAAGAUGUCAGAAAAGGUAUUUCAAGUAUCGCAGAACGAAUUACAGAAGAAAAAGAGACGUGCUCCAGCACCGCCACCACCACCGCCGCCGCCAUCAACUCCCCUCAUCCCAAACAGGACAGAUGACAAGGAAGAGAAUAGGAAGAGCACAAUGGGUGUUGGACGGCAGGUGCCACAGAAGCCUCCUAGAGGCACUCCUCGAGGUCCACCUCAGUUAGUGCUUCCCCCACCCCCACCCUACCCUCCUCCAGACACAGAUAUUGUGGAUUCUCCAGGGUUUCACAGAGAAGCAGAUGGAACAGAAUCCUCAGAACUGGGACCCAAACUAAGCCUGCCACUCAUCCACAGUAGUAAUUGUUCCAUGGAUGGUGGGAUCACCGAACUGUCUGAAGUGGAAGAGACGGCAUCGGUGAGCAGCUGCUUUGCAUCCGAAGAUACUACUACUGAAGACUCAGGAGUCGUGAGCUCUCCAUCAGACAUCGUUUCUCUGGAUUCACAAAACGACAGUGUAAAGUCCAAAGAUAAGUGGGCCUUGGAUCAGGAGGAUGCUGCUUAUACCUGUGCAGCAGAGCAUGGUCCCCCACGGAGCACUUCACGGGACAGUGAUGACUCUGGAGUUACUCAUCUGAGAAAUGAAAAAGCAAUUACAGCAAAGGAUGGUGAUGACAUCUUUAUUAAUGGCCAGCUCCAAAAACCCCUAGCAGAAUAUUAUGAAGAUCUAGAAGAAAUGGAAGAUAGUUAUGAAACAGAGACCACUUCUUUAACAGAUUCCACAAAUGGUGGGCUCAGUUCCCAUGGACAAGAGGCUAUAGUCUCUAAAGAUAAUGCUUACACAAUUCCAGUGACAUUUAUAGGAGAAGUUUUAGAUGACCCUGUUGAUCUGGGGACUUUCAUCAAUAAAAACAAUAAUGCAGGUUCUUUUGAUAUGGAGCGUAUGACUAAUAAAGCAACUUACAUAACUGAGAAGCCCUUGUAUGACCAGUCCUACAAGUCAAAAGCCAGCAAUCUACAUGUGAAAAAGAGGGAGAACAUGUUUGAAUCUUACGUUUCUUCAAGUGAAAUGAAAAAAGAAAAAGAGUUGAUAUCAUCCAAUAAUGGCAAAAAUACUUGUCCAAGUGAACUAAAGCCCAACGUGGCUUCUUCCACCCCUAAACCUGCAAUGGGUGACUCGUGUUUGAAAGAAAAAAACCAUCAGGACUAUGAGUCAAAUGGCAUUCAAAGGUCCCACAUGUCAAAGAAAAUUAUUUCAGAACUGAUGAUGGAAAAGCAAACCAGUGAUAAAAAUGAUCUCAUAGUGCCACCAUCAUGGUAUUGUCGGGGCCAAAACCCAGUAGGACCUAAAGCUGGCCUUACAACCUAUAAAAUUGUUCCUCCAAAAUCAGAGAGGAAAUGCUAUGAUCGAGGAGUGUCCCUCUCAACUGGUGCCAUUAAGAUAGAUGAAUUAGGCAAUCUAGUUAGCCCACAUGUUGAUGGGAAGAAGUCUACCGUGAUACCAUCUGUUGGGGAAAUGGAGACACUCCCCAUUGGGAAAGUAAAGGAAUUCUGGAGAUCAAACUCCAUAGAGAGACAUCCUGACGGACCCCUAGAUUAUGCUAAAAGAGCUGUGGCUACUCUGCCAUUAAAACAACAUCAUAAAGAAACUAAACUCAAAGCAGAACCAGAAAUCCUGGGCCCAAAGCUAAAACCAUCACAGACAGCUGCCCACAAAGUGGGUGAAAACAAUUCUGAACUAGAAAAAAGCAAACCACCUGCCUCGGUCCCCAGCACAACUCAGGCAAAAGCACCAGUUGCCACAUCAGCGAACCCUACUGGAGAAGUCCUCUCCUUUCUUAAACCUCAGAGAAGAACUUCAAGCCAAUAUGUUGCCUCUGCCAUUGCAAAACGGAUGGAAUCUCCUCCAAUCAACACGAUUUCCCUCCACAAGAGUGAGAGAGAGCCAAGCAGAUGGGAAGGCAGGAAGUUCAGACAAGACUUAGCCCCUCCUCCUGAAAAUGAGAAUCUAUUAAACAGUACCCAUCCCCUAACAAAAGCAUCUAAAAAUGAUCCCAAGAGGUCCUAUUCUGAUUGUUGGGUUGGCCAUGGAAAGGAAUCGGUUAAACUUACCCCUGGAGCUUCUUCUGAGAUGGAAAACACAGGAGCAAAUAUCAAGCACACUGUUCAAGACAGUUCUGCAGACAGUUACAGGCAAAGAAUUAAUGGACCACCAACUAAAUCUCCCCCCAGUACUGAUUAUUCCAUAGAGGAAGUUUGUGGUUCCAAUGGAAAACACAACUACCAAAAGACCACUUCUGAAUGUGACUCAAAAGGCAAGGCAGAAAAUACAAAUUCUUUGGUCCCUAAAAAGUCACCAGGAUUCCAAACUUCUAGUAGCUCUGCUUUGAACACCACUAAGUGGCUUUGUGUCAACAAUAGUGAGCAGAAUGGUGCAGGUGUAAACAGCCAAGAUACUUUGAAAAGGGAAGAUAGAUCAGAUGUCUUAUCUGAUCGUGAUAAUGAAUUUGAGAGUCCCCUACAAGCGACUGUAUUUGGGCCCAAGAAGAAAUUCAAACCUGUUGUCCAGAAACCAGCACCUAAAGACACUUCAUUGCACAGUGCUUUGAUGGAAGCCAUUCAGACAGCAGGAGGAAAAGAAAAACUCAGAAAGACUGCAGAACAUAGCCCAGAGGGAAGUCUAAAGAAACCCUCAUACACAGAGCCUGAGAGUGAAAGGUCAGCCCUAUUAGCAGCAAUCAGAGGUCACAGUGGUUCCAGCAGCCUGAAGAAGGUCUCAUCUUUAGCUUCGGGAGAACUUGAGAGCUUCCGAGAAGCAGCCCUCUCUAAACAAGCUGCAGAAGCCCAUCCUCGAGCAGAAGAGGCUUCUGUUCCACCCCCACCUGUAGCACCACCACUGCCUUUUCUUGUUUCCAAGGCAUCUACCGUGUCAAAGACAACACCCAAAUUCUCCAUAGGCCCCAUCAGUGAUUCUGUGGAUGCAAGGCAGGCUCUCAUGGAUGCUAUUCGCUCUGGCACAGGGGCCGCAAGAUUGAAAAAGGUCCCAUUGCUUGUUUGAAUAGUGUAUAAAGAACAGAUAAUUGCAAAAGCUAACUCUGUAACACACCCAUAAUCAUCAUUCAAGGACUUGGAGCAGCAAGGAACAUCACAAGUCGGUAUUACUUUCUUGUCUAUAGGCCAAAAUAUAUGUAGUUAAUUUUCAGCCUGUUCCUGUAUAAUGGUUCAAAGGGAAAAAAUACUUUUUGCUGCCCAGCCUGUGUGCCAAGGAAAUGUGUUCUGCCUCUGAACAUUUAAGGUUGCCAAUAAACUAUUCUUGUUGGCAGGUUAAUAAAAAUAUAAAUAUUGUGUAGCCCAGCACUACAGCACUAACACUUAAUUAUCCAUUUGGACAAAAUGGAAAGGAGGUCUUUGUCCUCCACUGAUUACAGACUGCCGCCAAGCCUUUUUACCAUAUACAGCUGUUUGAAAAACAUCUACUCGUUUGAAAUCUGCAAGCAGAAGAUAAAAGGGUCAGUGACCAGUUAAAUGGAGUUGGAAAGUAAUACAGGGCCUAUAUGUCUUGGAAGGAAUUUUUAAAAGGGCGUUGUUAAGUUUUUGAAACUGAAAUUGUCUGAUUCUUGCCUCCACAUAGAUUGGGGAGCAUAAUUCCAUGUUUCAUAGAUCAGUAUCUGACUCACUGUUUUUCUUUGUUUAAUUAUCACAGUCCCAUGAUAUUUAUCAAAUUCUUUCAUGUGCAUAGGAUCCAUACUGUGAGGGACUGGAAAGAUAGAACAGUUUCAGAUGCUCAGAAUGACCAGGAAGUAGUCUUUAGUGACCAUAGAAUAGAUUGUCUCUGAAGCUUGUUACAUGUGGGGAUAUGAAGUAUAAGCUACAAUUGCACUGCUGCCUACUGACCCCAAGGAACAUCCAUACCCCCUCUUGAUCUCUUUGCACUAAGAAGGGGGAAAUCAUGUGUUUACAUGCCACAGAGAUUGAAUUGUUUUGGGAAAUGACUGAGAAUUUUGCUUAAUGGUUCAUGAUCGGGGACUCAGGCUUGUCCCUUUCAGCCUGCACUCCAGGAUUCCUGUCUUCCCCUUCAUUGUACUAUAAAUUUUCUUGUAGCAUCCUGUUUGGUGUCACCAGUAUUUAUAACAAAGUUUAACUACUCUCAUAGUAUUCUGUAUAUAUCCUUAAAAGUAUUUUGUUAAAUUGAAAUAACUUUAAAAGAUAAAUAGCAAUUAUGAGGAUUUCUUUUCUUAUUAUCUAUGUCAUCUUUUAAAAAAAGGAAAUAGAAAAAUCUGUAUUUUAAUUUUUUUAUGAUCACAUUAGCUCUGGACGUCAUCCAAAAUGAAAACCUUGCUUUUCACUGCUUAAACUUAAACUAGAGCUAUACAUGUCACUAACUUUCCAAAAUGAGGAGAGCAUUCAGCCAAUUGCUUUUAUCUGCAACUGUCUGUAUUAUCUGACUGUUAGUGCCACAAAUAAAACAAAUUAAGUUGCUAUAA